AUGGGCAUGAAUUUCUGGCACUCGACGCACUAUUUGUACUGGAUGAAGGAUGUGAGUAAAGCCGACCUGCGCAAGAGGAACCCGCUGGACCGCAAGCACCUGACGGACGAUGAGAUCGAUAGUAUCCAUCUCGCGAACAUUUCUCUGCUGGAGGAGAUCGGACCCCGACUACGGGUUCGGCAGAUCAUCAUCUACACUGCAAUUAUCUUCUAUCGUCGGUUCUAUCUGACGCAAAGUUUCGUCAACUUCGAUCCGCAUCUAGUGGUUGGAACGGUGUUCUUCCUUGCCUCUAAAGUGGAGGAAAGUCAGUUGUCAUUGACCACCGUGACGUCGGUUCUUCACCAUUAUACCUCGAAUGGCGUGGACGAAGACGAGUCCAUGUACACGUUUCAAGACAAGGAUAUCCUUGAGUGCGAGUUUCACGUGAUCGAAGCACUGCAGUUCGAUCUGAUCUUGCACCACCCGUUCCCGUCUCUUCUCCAGCUUUUGGACGAGUUCGACAUUCAUGAAGAAUGUCUCCAUCUCGCAUGGCAAUUAGUACAAUACUCGUACCGGACUCACAUAAUUAUUCUGUACCCGCCAUUCAUGGUGGCGUACGCAGCCGCUUACAUUUCGUGUCGAGAUGCAGGCUACGACGCUGCACAGGUGUUUGCUACGGUGAAUAUCAAGCAGGAAUUGCUACUGAAAAUUGUCGGCGAGUUUCAAGAAGCAGUAGAGGACGAGAAGAAGCUGUUUGUGGUGCAAGCCGCAGCUCUAGAGCGACUGGACGAGAUCAUCCCGGAUGCCGUCGCGGCUGAGACCGAGGUCACCCCCAAUGCGUCAGCAGAGAAGUGA